AUGGCAAAAAGGGAUGCAAGACGGGACAAAGGGAUGGAAGAUGGGAAAAAGGGAAAUGGGAUUGAAGAUGGGGAAAAAAGGGAAAAAGAGAUGGAAGAUGGGACAAAGGGAUGGAAAAUGGGAAAAGGGAAAAAAGGGAUGGACAAUGGGAAAAAGGGAUGGAAGGAGGGAAAAAAUGGAAAAUGGGAAAACGGGGAAAAGGGAUGGAAGGAAGGAAAAAAGGGAUGGCAGACGGGACAAAGGGAUGGAAGAUGGGAAAAAGGGAAAAAGGGAUGGGAAAUGGGAAAAAGGGAUGGAAAAUGGGUAAAAAGGGAAAAAAGGGAUGGACAAUGGCAAAAAGGGAUGGAAGACGGGACAAAGGGAUGGAAGAUGGGAAAAAGGGAAAAGGGAUGGAAGAUGGGAAAAAAGGGGAAAAGGGAUGAAAGAUGGGAAAAAGGGAUGGAAGAUGGGGAAAAAGGGAAAAGGGAUGGAAAAUGGGAAAAAGGGAUGGAAGGAGGAAAAAAAAGGGAAAAAGGGAUGGAUGAUGGGAAAAAGGGAUUAAAGGAGGGAAAAAGGGAUGGAUGA